CGCGUGCCUGAGGAUUCGGCACAAAAGAGGCGCCCAAAAUGAAGACCCUGAUGCGACAUGGUCUGGCAGUGUGUUUAGCGCUCACCACCAUGUGCACCAGCUUGUUGCUCGUGUACAGCAGCCUCGGCGGCCAGAAGGAGCGGCCCCCGCAGCAGCCACAGCAGCCACUACAACCACAGGCGCCGGCGACCGGGAGCGCUCAGCCGGCAGCGGAGAGCAGCCCCGCGCCGCGCCUGGCAGCCCCCGCGGGACCGCGACCCCUGGACGGAUACCUCGGCGUGGCGGACCACAAGCCUCUGAAAAUGCACUGCAGGGACUGCGCCCUGGUGACCAGCUCGGGGCAUUUGCUCCGCAGUGGGCAAGGCCCCCAGAUUGACCAGACAGAGUGUGUCAUCCGCAUGAAUGAUGCCCCCACCCGCAGCUACGGGCACGACGUGGGCAACCGCACCAGCCUGAGGGUCAUCGCCCAUUCCAGCAUUCAGAGAAUCCUCCGUAAUCGCCAUGACUUGCUCAACGUGAGCCAGGGCACUGUGUUUAUCUUCUGGGGCCCCAGCAGCUACAUGCGGAGAGAUGGCAAGGGCCAGGUGUACAACAACUUGCAUCUCCUGAGCCAGGUGCUGCCGCGGCUGAAGGCAUUCAUGAUCACAAGACACAAGAUGCUACAGUUCGAUGAGCUCUUCAAGCAGGAGACUGGCAAAGACAGAAAGAUCUCCAACACUUGGCUAAGCACUGGCUGGUUCACAAUGACGAUUGCCCUGGAGUUGUGUGACAGGAUCAAUGUUUAUGGCAUGGUGCCUCCAGACUUCUGCAGGGAUCCUAAUCAUCCUUCAGUACCUUAUCAUUAUUAUGAACCUUUUGGACCUGAUGAAUGUACCAUGUACCUCUCCCAUGAGCGAGGACGCAAGGGCAGUCAUCAUCGCUUCAUCACAGAGAAACGAGUGUUCAAGAACUGGGCACGGACAUUCAAUAUUCAUUUUUUUCAACCAGACUGGAAACCGGAAUCAUCUGUUGUAAAUCAUCCUCAGAAUAAAGCUGUGUUCUGA